GCAGCUAGGUCGAUUAGCGGGAUCCAGACAUCCAGUCCCGGGUGAAGGAGAUGGCACUCUCUCGUCGCAUGGCCGCCUCCGCCCUCCUCCUCCUGGUUCUCCUCGUCGCCACAGAGAUGGGGACGACGAAGGUGGCGGAGGCGAGGCACUGCCUGUCGCAGAGCCACAGGUUCAAGGGCACCUGCAUCAGGAACAGCAACUGCGCCAACGUGUGCAUGACGGAGAACUUCCCCGACGGCGAGUGCCAGACUCGGGCCCUCGAGCGCAAGUGCUUCUGCAAGAGGGUAUGCUAG